UCGGUCGCAACGAGUGACAGCUAACGAAUAAGAUCAACCCGCGGUAGACGACACGGAGUUCCGCGUGUUUAUCGAUAGAUCGGUUAAUUGAGGUAAUCCAACAGUGGAAAUUCCUCAUUGGCCUCUUUCCGGUAAUUUGAGCUUUGAAGUUAAAAAAAAUCAAGUUUUGAGCCAAAAAUUAAGUCAAAGUAAAGUGUGUGAAAAUGUUACAAGCUUCUUUGAAGAGCAGCUGGGUGCUGUCGAAAAUGUUCAAAUUGUUGACAUAUUUCUCACCAAUCACUCUGAUUUUGACGACUAUGAUCGUCGGUGCUGUCUAUGUGUACAACAAACGAAGAGCCCGUCUCGUGAAGCUAAUAGAAAAAAUUCCUGGACCGGCUAGUAUGCCACUUUUGGGCAACAGUUUGCACAUCAACGUGGAUCACGAUGAAAUUUUCAACCGAAUUUUAUCCAUUCGCAAGUUGUACGGACGUCACCAGGGCUUUAGUCGAGCAUGGAAUGGUCCAAUGCCUUAUGUCAUGAUAUCGAAAGCAAGUGCAGUUGAGCCAAUCCUCGGUAGCCCAAGGCACAUCGAAAAAAGUCACGACUACGAGUUCCUCAAGCCAUGGCUCGGCACCGGCCUUCUCACCAGCCAAGGCAAAAAGUGGCACCCCCGACGAAAAAUUCUCACCCCGGCAUUCCAUUUUAAGAUAUUGGAUGACUUCGUUGAUAUUUUCCAGGAACAAAGCGCUGUUUUGGUAAAACGGAUGGAACGGGAACUUGGCAAUGAAGUAGGGUUCAACUGUUUCCCAUACGUAACAUUAUGCACACUGGAUAUCGUAUGUGAAACUGCCAUGGGACGGCUGGUUAACGCUCAAAUGAACUCAGAUUCGGAAUAUGUUAAGGCCGUCUAUCAAAUAGGCAGCAUUGUUCAAAAUCGGCAACAAAAGAUAUGGCUUCAACCGGACUUCAUUUUCAAACGAACUGCAGACUACCGAAAUCACCAGAGAUGUCUUGCCAUAUUGCAUGAGUUUUCCAAUAGAGUUAUCCGAGAACGCAAGGAAGAAAUUCGAAAGCAAAAAGAGUCCAAUAACAAUCCUAAUGAAAGCUCCACGGACUUCAAGUCAACCUUAGAUGGCAAUAAUAAUCCCGAAGAAUUUGGUCGGAAAAAGCGCCUAGCAUUUUUGGACCUAUUAAUCGAGGCAUCCCAAGACGGCACUGUUCUAUCGAACGAAGACAUCCGAGAGGAAGUUGACACAUUUAUGUUUGAAGGCCAUGACACCACAUCUGCUGCCAUAUCGUGGAUUCUACUCCUACUGGGAGCCGAACCCACGAUACAAGAUCGUAUCGUGGAAGAAAUAGAUCGAAUCAUGGACGGCGAUCGAGAACGAUUUCCAUCCAUGAAGGAGCUAAACGAAAUGAAAUAUCUAGAAUGCUGUAUCAAAGAAGGUCUGCGAUUGUAUCCGAGCGUUCCACUUAUCGCCAGAAAGCUUACCGAAGACGUCCAGAUUGAAGACUAUACCAUCCCAGCCGGUACGACGGCGAUGAUUGUAGUUUACCAGCUGCAUCGAAAUCCGGAGGUGUUCCCCAAUCCCGACAAGUUCAACCCAGAUAACUUCCUGCCGGAGAACUGCCGCGGGCGGCACCCCUACGCCUACAUCCCAUUCAGUGCGGGGCCACGAAACUGCAUCGGACAAAAGUUUGCCGUGCUGGAGGAGAAAUCGAUCAUUUCUGCCGUACUACGAAAGUACCGCAUAGAAGCUGUAGAUCGACGGGAAAAUUUAACUCUGCUCGGAGAGUUGAUUCUGAGACCAAAGGACGGCUUACGGAUAAAGAUUAGUCGACGUAAAUAAGUCAAAAAAUGUACAUUAUGUGAUUUGAGUACUUGUUUUAAUUAUAAUCGGUAAUGUAUAGUUUAGGUCUAUUUAAUAAAAUAUGGUGUAUAAAUUUCAUA